AUGUCUAAUAAUGAAUAAACAAAAUAGGUUUAAAAUUAUGUUUUAGGUAUAUAUAAAAUAAUUUGAGAGAUCGUACGCUUGGGAAAGGAACAUUUGGUAAAGUAAAGUUAGGUUAUCAUACAAUUUGUGAUGAAUAUGUAAAAUUGAAUUAGAUUUAAGGUGGCUGUAAAGAUUUUGGAGAAAAGAAAAAUAGAGAAUGACGCAGAUUUUGUAAGAGUAUAAAGAGAGAUUACAAUAUUACGUAAAGUAGAACAUUAGAAUGUUAUAAAGCUAUAUGAGGUAAUAAUAAAGUGAAUUAGUAGAUAUUGGAAUCAGAUACAAAUCUUUAUUUAGUAAUGGAAUAUGCAAAGGGAGGAGAAUUAUUUGAUUAUAUAGUGAAGAAGAAUUAGUAAAUAUAAAGUAUAAUCAGGUUAUCCGAACAAGCUGCAACAAGAUUUUUUAUUCAGUUGAUUGAUGCAGUGGAAUAUUUACAUUCAUAAAAGAUUGUCCAUAGAGACUUGAAACCUGAGAAUUUGCUUUUAGAUGAGUAAAGGAAUCUAAAAGUAGCUGAUUUUGGACUAAGUAAUAUAUACAAAGAUAACGAUUAACUAAAAACCGCAUGUGGAUCUCCCUGUUAUGCUGCACCUGAGAUGCUAUGUAUUAAGGUUAUAAUAAUUAGAUGGUAGAUUAUAUGGAGGAUAAAAGAGUGAUAUUUGGAGCUGUGGUAUAAUCUUAUAUGCCAUGCUCUGUGGUUAUUUACCAUUUGAACAUGAAAACACAAAGAAACUUUAUGAGAUGAUUAAAUAUGAAGAUUAUGAUAAACCAAAUAACAUUUCACCUUAAGCAUAAGAUCUUUUAAAAUAAUUAUUAACUAAGGAUCCCUCUUUAAGAAUUGGAUUCAAUUAAAUCAAAUAACAUCCAUUUUAUACGAAAAUCGUUAUCUAACCUUAAUAGACCUUAAUAACCUAGGACCAAGUUGUUUUAAAGAAAUUAUCAGAAUUAGGUUAUGACGUCAAUAGCGUUAUUGACUAAGUUAAAAAAAAUAAACAUAAUUCCAUUACUUCUGCUUAUUGGUUAUUGAUCAAAAAAUUUACAUCUAAUCAAUAAUCUAUAAUUAAAAAUAAUGCAUAGUUACUUCAUUAAACAUAAUAAUAAAUUAAAAAAAAUUAAAUUUAAUAAUCUUAGUUAUAGUAAAUUUAUUAACCUAUGGAAUAUAGAUAAUUAUAAAGUUCAACUGGAGGUUCAAAUAGUAGAGAAAAAUUCCAAUAACAAAGACAAUUAAGGUAUUCUUUACCUCAUAAUAAAAAUAAAAUUGAUUAUUAAUAAUUUUAAGAUGUAUUUACAGGUUAUCAAAAUAAACUGAAUAAUAUUUAAAUUUAAGGAAAAUAAACUCCUAAUAAUAUUGUUGAUUUUGUCAGAUAAAAAACUCAUUCAGUUUAAGAGAAAGGGCAUUGCUAAACCCCUGAAAAAUUUGAUUUAAUGAUUAAAUAACCUAGUAAAAAGAUAUAAUUAUUUAUGUAAAGGAAAAAGAAUCCCACUGAAUAAAUAGAGAAAUUUGAUUAAAAUGAUAAUGGAUUAAAAAAUAAAAUGAAAGAUUUGACUAAAAGAUCAAGAAAUAAAACUUAACCUUUAAAAAAGAUAAAUGAUAAAAUGGAGAGAUUUGCAAAUAAUUAUACUCAUUAGUUAAUUAAAUAAAAUAGUCCUUAGGAUAGCUUUAUUGUUAAAUUUUAAAAACCGUCAAUUAGAGUUAGAUAUAGUAGUAAUUAAGAAAAUAUUUUAAAACAAAAUAAACUUCUUACUCAUAAUUUUGUAUGA